AUGCUUAAAAGGUUCUGGGAAAUAGAAAAUGAAUUUCUUACAACAGAGAGGAAGAAGACAAAGGAGGAAGAACAAUGUGAAGACAUUUAUAAAACAACCACAACCAGGAUGGAGUCUGGAAGAUACAAGGUUAACUUACCUUUUAAAGAGGAUAUCCAAACUCCUGUAGAAAAAUGUGGCAAAACAAAGGAAAUUGCUACGGCAAGAUUUCUUACGUUAGAAAAAAGAUUUAAAUAUGAUACAAAGUUAAAGGAAGCAUACAAAAAUGUUAUAAAUGAAUAUCAAGAACUAGGACAUAUGGCUUUAGCCAACGAAGACAGCGACAAUGCCAUAUAUUUACCGCAUCAUCCGGUGAUUCGAGAAGACAAGGACACUACCAAGGUCAGGGUAGUUUUUGAUGCAUCAUGCAAGGGCACUGGAGGUUCAUCACUAAAUGACACUCUACUCAUAGGACCUGCAUUGCAAAGCGACCUUAGAGUUCUACUAAUGAAGUGGAGAAAACAUAGAAUUGUAUUGGUCGCUGACAUAGUCAAGAUGUAUCGACAAGUGCUGAUAGCUGAUGAGCAUGCCGAAUAUCAACGCAUUAUAUGGAGAGAUAACCCGGAGGAAAACUGCCAAUCAUAUAAACUACUAACGGUCACCUUUGGAACCGCAUCAGCUCCAUACCUGGCAGUACGCACAUUAUUACAACUAGCUGAAGAUGAAAAACACAAGUUUCCCAUGGCCGCAGAAAUAGUAAAGGAAUCAUUUUAUAUGGAUGACCUAAUGUUUGGCUGUUCAAGCACUUCUGAAGCCUUAGAAGCUUAUAAACAACUCACUCAACUUCUUAAGAGUGGAGGUUUUGAAUUACAAAAAUGGUCUUGUAACCAAGAGGAAGUCUUAGACAUUAUAGCAGAAAGCAAAUCUCAACACCAUGGAUUUGAAAUCAAGUUUGAUCAAAUCAUCAAAAUUCUUGGACUAUCAUGGGAUAGACAGGAUGACAAAUUUAAGUUUACUGUAAACUUACCAGAAAUUCCAUCAGAAAUUACUAAACGCACUAUUCUAUCAGAUGUAGCUCGUCUCUUUGAUCCAUUUGGAUGCUUCAACAACUGCAAGACAUCAAGAUUGAUCGGUGGCUACACAUACAACCUGACUGUUCACUUGUACAACUGCAUGGAUUCGCAGAUGCAUCUACUGCUGCCUACUCAGCGGUUUUGUAUAUCAGGGUAG